UUGCAUCAAACGCGCGUAACAGCCGUUCUCUUCAUUACUUCAGUUACUUUUCAGAGUACCGAAGAACACAGUACCACCUGAUGGUACGUGAGAAGCGAGAGGCGGCCUUCAGAUAUUCUUUUGCAUAUUUAAACAGGAGUACGGAAGGUCUAGGUCGAGAGGGGUAUUCCUAAACGCCGGAGGUACUGAAUUUUUGGUGGUACUUCUUCGAUUGGCAGUUUAAAUAUAAUAUUUUUAAAUAGACGAAUAUUUAGUGUUGUGAUUGACUUUUAGUUUCAGUGGUGGUGAUGUUUUCGUCAAGGAUCAUUUUUUAUUUAAUCUAUACCAUAUUACAAGUGGUAAUAAUUAAUGGACAAGAUUAUGAAGUUACCGAAAUUCAGUGCACAUUCGCCAUAAGCAACAGUGUGGGCUCUAGAGAUUCCAUAAUAGCUAAGUUGAGGAAACCAGAUGGAUUCAAAGGACAUCCGCUCUUCGCUGAUGAUCGGGGAGUAGACGCGGAAUCAGAUUCUUCAUGUCAGAUUAGACAGGACCCCAAUGACACAACGGGCCUAAAAUAUAUUCUGAAGAUUUUGGAUUUUAGUCGGUGUGGAGUGCUGAAAAGAAAUGGAUUUGUUCAUGUCCGAGUAUGGUUUCCACAAUUUCCUGGUGUGGUAAUGCAAUCAGAUCAAGAACUUAUAAUAAUGUGUAAACCUCCUGAACCAACUGUAAUAGAGAACAAAGCAGCAGGAUUUGCUGGAAGCUUUCCCCAUGGUGCCCGGGUUUCGGGAGUAGUAGAAGAAACUCCAGGUCGACUGGAAUACGAAGUGGCUCUUUAUAAAGAAGCUCCAGCUGCAAGACUUAGUAACAUUACAAGCAGCGAACUGCCGGUGGAUCAAGCGGUACCUAUUGGUACAAAAUUGCAGCUGAGAGCAAGGAUAAGUCCGGACUCGGCGUGGAAAUUUGUCAAGCUGAUGGAAGUUACAGUUAGCCCUGAUCCAGACGAUCCUCAUAUGGCAGGCAGUGUAGCUUUAGUUAAAGAUGGGUGCAGAAAUAGAGACUUCUCUUCUAUCAUUCCUCACCAACCAGCCCGCUACAGAGAACGACCGAAUGAAGUCUUCCUAGACUUUGAAGCUUUCCUCCUCAGCACCAUGAAAGAACGCUCCACUCUCUGGAUACAUUCCCAAAUUAAGGCUUGCAUGGAACCCAUCGACUGUCAACCAGAUUUUUGUCUGGAUCUCUUUGAACCAUCCGGACACGGAAGAAAGAGAAGAAGUGCCGAGGUUAUUGAAAUAAUAAGUCCAGUAGACGGUAUGUCUCAUAAUCACAACGCAACGCAAUUUACCAAAAUCAAGGGUAAUCUAGAAUACACAGUGCUAAUGCCCGGAGAAUUUUAUCACAAAUCUCAAAGUAUAGAAGGCAGCUGUAGUACUUUCUUAAUCGUAGCUGCCAUUUUAGGAGCUUUGCUAUUUUUGUCAGCUUUUGUUAUGUGCUGGUUAGCUACUAAACUGCACACAGCACUUAUUGGAGCUAGUACUGACGGUAAAAAUAUUGAUCAACUCGUAAGAGAUAGAAGAUUUUCUGAUUCUGGAUCUGGAUAUACAGGAAGAGCCACAACGCAGUGAUAAAUAUUUUUGGUUAAGGUUUUAUUUUUUCGAAAUCUUGCCUUAAGAGCAAACAGUAGCGAUCAACAGGUAGCAACAAACGCGUUCCAAGAUUGCACCUCUAAUUUUGAAUAUUUUGUCGAGAUAUUUGGCACACAUAUUCGUAAUAUAAUAAAGAAUGGCAGUACAGAGCCCAAUUUCAGCAAUAUGUUAGUAUGUGAAAAUAACUCUAUAACUAAAUAAAAUAUUGAAAAAAGGGGCCUGUACCGCCAUUAAGAAAGACAAAAAAUACACUUUCUUGAAAUAAACUUUUUUAUCUCGUGCCUAGAUUUUGUGUCACAAUGGAACUACUAAAAAUCGAUUUUUUUAUAACAAGAAAUCGAACGUCACUGACCUGGCAACAUUUCGCGCCAAUGUGUAUAAAAAUUAUUGUUUUUGAUAGUAUAAACGUCACUGUCAGUGUCGAAUUACCGACGAACUGUUGCCUCACUUUUGAAAGUUCGCAGAACUUUCGGAAUCUUGGACCGCGUUUGUUGCUUCCUGUUGAUCGCUACUGUGUGCUCUUAAUAAUAGUAAGAAAGAUAAAAGGGCGUGUUAGAUAUACUGGAUCCGUAGUUUGCACACCACUGUUUUGUGCCGUAAUUAAUUAGUUUCAAUUACGUUACGAAAUAAAGUUUAAAGGAUCUCCCAAACCGACGCGAAACUUUUGCGACGCGAAUUUUCCGUUGCGGAACAUUAGCAGGCGGAGCGGUACCGGACAAGGCUUUCCCACAUUGGCGCGAAACCUAACGCGACUGUUCGCCAUAUAGUCGAAGAGGCAGCGCUGAAAAAUUUCUCUGAAUUUACUAAAGCUAGUUAUUUCACAGUUGAUUACUGUGAGUGUGUAGAGAAACAUACUGCGGUCGGUCAAGCGAAACGUAGAACAGGUGGUACUGACAGCUUGUCAAAGUUGCUUACCUGCAGAGGUAAUUAAAUCCAUUUACUAAGGCUGAAAAUCAGUACACACAUUCUAAAUUGAAUAUAAAUAAAAGUUAUUAUAGUCGAUCAGCUGUAUGACUUGACAGAGCCGGUCGGUCGGCCCAAUGAAUGUACAGGGUUAUUCACUAUAUUUUGACCCCCCUCUAAACUGCUUUAUUUACAGAAUUAGAAAAAAAUGUAAAAUACAAAUUCAAUUUUUAAAUUAUGAUUUUUUGACAUAUAAACUUACGUGCAUAGAAAUCGGCCCACCUAAAAAUUUGGUCAUUUUUUAAGUCUCGUAUUUCCUAAACCUGUUGGCCGAUUUAAGUGAUUUUUUUAAUAUGUAAGUGUUAUUUAAUAUGUAAGUAAACAGGUAAGUGUUAUUUUAUACCGGGUGUAACAAUGAUAGUGUGUUUUUUCCUCAAAGUUCGGAACACCCUGUGGAAUAUUCUAGCACAUAUAAAAUAUUGAAAUUAAAACUCAACUAUAGCCUUAGGCUUUCUUAAUAUUUUGCUUUUUGAUUCAUUCGCUUGUGUUGGAUAAUAAAAAAGUUAGGUAUUUUAACAACUAGCAACGUUUUUCAUCAAUACAGGGUGAUUCUAAAUAAGUGCGACAAACUUUAAGGGGUAAUUCUGCAUGAAAAAAUAAUGACCGUUAGGUUUAUAAUCAUAUUAUGUUGGCAUAUGCUUUGUUUCAGAAAUACGGGAUAUUGAAUUUGUUCGUACAAUCUGACGAUUUAUUUAUUGCUCUAAAACCGCAUGAGAUAUACAAAUGAAAUUGGGUAGGUUUUAAGAGGUAAUUAUUGCACAUUUUUUGGCAUACAGUUAAGAAUUUUAUAUUCACCACUGGCGUG